AAUGAAAUCAUCACAGACGUCUGGUGACAUGUUGAAGAUUUUGGUAGAUGCAGCCAAUCAUCCUUUUCUGCACGCUCCAGGAAGUGACAUCACAUGUUGACAGCGUGGUUGAGGCACGCCCCCCCCCUGGAAAUAAGGAGAGGGGAGAGGGCAUGAGAUAAACCGUGGUGGAUUCAGAGGCAGACGUUGGACUGGCAUGGCUGUGUGCAGCUCGGCACUGCAAUCAACAUCCACCCGAGGCUCCUGCCUGGACGUCUGGAUUCUCCCUCGCGCAGCCUCGACGCGGUGCCGGACGGCGUAGCGCUGAGCCCGCGCUGUGCGUCUCCACAGCAUGUUGCAGGGCACUGGGAGAUAGAGAGAGGGAAUAACAACAAGGGAGGGGGGGGGGCAGCCUUACCACACACACACGAGCGAUGUGCCGUGAGCUUCUCUCUCUCUCUUUUCAGACCGUCAGGCUUUUCUGCUCAGAGACCACGGACUAAUGGAGGGAUGCAACGAUGCCGUUCUCUGCUUGUCAUGCUUGAAUCACAGCUUCAUAUAUCCUUUUGUGUCAGAGACCUUUUUGUCUUUGUCUGUCACUGCCGCCAGAUCAACAGUGUGGUAGUCUGGCGGACAGAGCCUCCUCCUCAACCCCCCUCUCCCUCGUCUGUGCCCCCGAAUUCUCUUCACUUCCAGCUCGCUCGUGUCUGUUUACCUCAUUUAAGCUACCCUCCCCUCUCUGUUAAGCUCAGUCUUUCCUCCUCUCCUCUCCUGCUGCCUACUGCUUACUAUCUCCCUCCCUUUGCACAUUCAAAGCAGGCGGGCUGCUCUUCUACCCAGGCAGCGUGCUAUAUGAUCUCCUGGAAACCAGUUUCCGCCGCUGCCCUUCCAGAUAUCCAUCUCCAUAAGGACAGGAUGCUUCUCCAGGAGGAUUGAUCCCCUCCACCCCCUUCAUUCACCCCCUCCCCUCCCUCUGCCCUCUGACCCUCACCCGCCUGGCUUCGACCCCCACCCUCCCCCUCCUGCUUGUCCUUACCCCAAGCCUCUUUCUCCCCUACCUCAUUCCACCCCCUUGACCAUGUUGCCAUGUGUCUGCUGGCUUCAGCUUAUCCUCAUCUUGCUGUCCUGUGUCUUAUGGACCCGGGGGGAAAACUGCCCAGCAACCUGCCUGUGCCCAGACCCUCACACUGUGGACUGCAGCGGCCGCGGGCUGACCCGUCUACCCGAUGAGAUCCCCUUGGACGUGCGCAGACUUUUGCUGGCCGACAACUGGAUACCCCGCAUCCCCUCGGACUUCCUGGUUCUGUACAGUGACUUAGUCUACCUGGACCUCCGGAACAACUCGCUGUCCCACAUAGAGCCGGGGACCCUCAGCACCUCCUCCAGGUUGGUCUUCCUGGACCUGGGCAGCAACAACCUGACUGAAAUCCCCAAGGGGACUUUCGGGGAGUCCCGGAGCUUGAUCAAACUGCGACUGGGGAACAAUCCGUAUCUGAGCAUGGUGAACGAGGAUGCUUUCCUGGGCCUCACCUCUCUGAGAGAACUCGAGCUGGAGCGUAAUGCACUGUCCACCCUAAAGGUGGGGGCGCUGAGUCAGUUGCCCUCCCUGCGGGUGGUUAGACUUGAAGGCAACCCUUGGGUGUGCAACUGCAAUUUUGCCAACCUGUUCGCGUGGCUGAUGGAGAACAGUCACAAGCUUCCGAACGGCGUGGACGGCAUGGAGUGCUCCCUCCCCAUGGACGGCAGACGCGUAUCCCUGAGCCAGCUCUCCAAGGACAGCUUCCGCGAGUGCCAGGCCACCCUGACUCUAACAGACCUACUCAUCAUCAUUUUCUCUGGCAUCUCGGUGUCUGUGGUGGCCAUCAUGACCAGCUUCUUCCUGGCUUCAACUGUUCACUGCUUCCAGCGCUGGAGCAAAGGCGCCAAGGGGGACGAGGAGGAGAGUGAGGAGUGAGGAGGGCGGACUUUGAAGGGGGCCUGUGCGGUCAUGGUACCUCAAACAAUGAGAGGACACUGACGGGCAGGUCCAGGACUAACGGUAGGAUCUUGCCUCGGUCCGGUUGCAGUUGUAUUCUUUGCACAUGGACAUGAGAAACAUGGUAAUAUAUAAGACGUUCCCAAGGAAGGAGUCCCGUUAAAGGUUAGUGAGGGUGCCGCUCCACUCGCAAAACGCUGUUUUAUUUUUGGCCGCGAGGGCCUGCGGUCGUCAUUUAUGGCCACUGAGUCAUGGCUCGAUGUUGUCGGCAUUCAGAAAUACAACGAGGCCAGCACCUUUGUGAUAAAAAAAAAAAGAAAGAAAGAAAGAAAAAGAAGAGGUGUCGCGUUUAGUCUUAGAGAAACCAAAAACCUGUCGACAUUUACUCACGUCGGACAUUCGACUCUGGAAUCUGAAAAUCCUGUAAAGUGACAUCAGAGUUAGCGUUGACCUAUUGGAUGACUUUCAUUUGGAGCUUUGUGUGUGUAGGGCAAGUAAAAUAAAAAAAAAGGAUGUCAUACCAAUGAAUGACCUCAGUAUUUAACUGCCUAUAACGCGAUAUGCGGGCAUAUCCUGCCAUUUACUGUGUCUCCUUUAGACAGCCUCACGUACUAACAUUAAAACAUUGUUCACGAGCGCCGAGGAAGGCGUGGUAAAUUAGGCAGCAGCAAGGACGUCAAUCGAACAAGGAGGAUUUGAAUAAUGAUGCGCUGCAGUCAGGAGGUGUAUCCAUCGGGUCUAGACAUUCUUUCAGCAGUAUAAUCAUCAUGUAAUCACAAAUUUAUGUAGAAAAGAAAACCAUGUAUAGUGAAACAAACAUAGAAGAGGACACACUUUAUGUUCCUUAGAUUGAUAACUAUGAACUGUCUAGAAGGAAAUUUAUAACAGUAUAAUCUUGGAAAUUAUGGCAACUGCGAUGUUAAACUAGAAUCUGUGUAGAAUUUAUCGUGUCAAAUGAUGCACUUUAAAUCGUGAACCUAAUUUUGGCGAGCCCCUAAUUACAUCGUGUAAAGUGGUGCCGUCCUCAUCUGCCAAAGAUUAAGUUUAGGGCGGAGGAGGGAUAGGGACUUUGUUGUAGAGGGCGUGCCGCGUGUUGAAAUAGGAAUAGUUCCAAAAUAGAAGCCAAAUCACUCUCUGUAUACAAGCGUUGUACUCAAGCCGUUACGCUCUCCAAAGAUUUCCAUUUUUCUUCUGGUCUGACUGAAGCAUCUGUCUUACUUGGAUUCAUACGUGGCAGUCCUUAACCUUUAACAGAAAGGUCACUUCAGAAAUAGUUAUUUACUGCAUGAGGGCAGCGAGCGAGCUUCCUGAGGAAUGAGUAAAAGGUGUUUUUGUUGUCUUUAAGAUGUCCGUCAGGCUGUUUUCCUUCAUAUUCGUGUAGUAAAGCCUGCUGAUUGGCUAUCCGGAAAAAAAAAAAGUCUCACAUCAAAACGUACUGUGUCAACUGUACCUGGAUUCACAAAGAGAGUUUAGUAUGUUCUAAGUCCAAUAAACCGGUGCCCUGCACAUGAUGGGUGUCUGUUAUUCACAUUCUGUGUAUUUAAUUGAUUCGGGAUGCACGAAACUUGACUUUCUGUUCCCUCCCUCCAAAGCUGAGGUGUAUUUCCUUGCCUCUCACAUUCUUGUAAGGCAUGAAUAAUUCAGCGAAAUUGAGAUAUGAAGCAGAAAGAAUGUCAAGCCUCUAAAUGCAAACAAGCUGAGGACAGAAAAAGAGCCACGAGCAAAUAGAGCCAUCGCCUCUGUGUGGUUAACAAAACAUGUAAAGGAAUUCCAAAUGCCUCUCUUGUCUCUUCAGAACAAGUCAUAACCCCCGGAUAUGCGGCAUUCCCGAGCACAUUUUGCAGAAAUGACGAAACAUUAAUGUGGCCUUAAUUAUUUGGUUGUCUUUCAUUUAUCCAGGCAUCAGUAAAAGCACAAAACCUUCAACAGGAUGCUAAUAUCACCUUGGUGAAGCCUUUUAAAGGAUGUGUCACAUCAUAGUGUGCGUUGGUACCGACCUGUGCUGUUGCAGUAUGUUUUCAUUAAUGUGCGUCAUAUACGUGGUGUAAAAUUUCUAGGAAGUGGAGGUUGUGUAUUUGCCUGAAUUUAAAUCAUGUGGGGACAUUCUGAAGACAGAGGCCCAUUGGAAAUUUAUAUAAACUGACCUUUCACUCAAGCCCUCCUCUGAACUGUCCUGUCAUAUAUUUGUGGCUGCGUCAGCGGGCCUGUCAAGCUUUGACCAUCUCCAUAUGCUUCAGUCCUAUGUGUGCUCUCCAACAUGAGCCACUGUCAAUAUCCCAAGAGUUUCAUCUUCUUCAGAAACCUAAAACACUAAACUAAUGUAUUUCACCCGCUCUAACCUGAGCUGUUAAUGUUAGCAUGCAUGCUAACUAGACUACUACACCACUACAAACACACAAAUACGAAUUGGUCUGCAUCCUCUCUUUUCCAAGUUGCGUUUGAAGAGGAAAGAAGUCUAUACAGACUCCAAAUUUGAAACUUUUUAAGUUGUCUAAACCUGCCCAGGUAAAAAGCUGUUUUAAAGAGUCGGGGUUGACAUGUUCUGCCAGAGCAAACAAAGCAGAACCUCCCAGUUUCAACUUGAGGUUCACACCCGUUCAGGUUCACCACAACACUGGCAGCCAGGAUGCUGCUGCACUGUAAUUUAGUGUAAUAAUAGCACCAUGGUCGUGCUCUUGAGGAAGCUAACAUUUUAGCAACUGCAGCCAAAAACCUACAGUACCUGCCAGUUUGGUUUUCCUCUGAUCCCUUUCUCCAGUGAAAGUGAAAACUACUGUUUGUAAAUCGUAGCAUUUCCAGAUGGGUUUUUCUGCACUAAGCACCCCCCACUGUGGGAUAAAUUAAAGGAUUAUUUUAUCUUAUAACUAAACUAAAAUAUUAUAUUUUUAGUACAUUCCUAUCAAAUUGGGUCUAACUUACUAGCUUGAUUUUGUACAUGCAUUAAUUUAAGAAAACACAGACCGUGUGCCAGCCCUUUAUACAUCAUAAUCUAACUAAAUCUACAUUUUGAAUAUCUGUUAUCAGUGGCACAAAUAUGAAAAGCUUGACAGGCUCACUAAAGGAUGGCAGGACUUAGUGAAACGGUCAAUUCUGACAUCAAUCUAAAGCUGCAUCCUAUUCUGAGCCGAAGUUGUAAAAACUGACAAACUUGUGUUGUUUUUUUUUGUUGUUUUUUUUUUUUUUGGUGUGCAAUUGGAAACACAGUCACACAGUUGAAAUGUCAGCAGUUUAAUGCAGCUAAAAAUACUUUAUGUUUCCUUUAAAUUGGAGGUUUACCAUUCCAAGUUUGACUGACUGUCCAUUGAACUUUUCUUCCUGAAGGAAACUGGAAAAUCUCAACUUCUGUGUUGUGUGGGACGCAGCAUAAGUAUCGCCUCUGACUUGCAUAUUUGAAGCCUGAUACUCAUAUUUCUUAUGCCAGUUUAGUAACAGUGUGACUGUAAUUGCUCAUAGGCAGAGUGAAGGAGCCCAUAGUAUAACGUUCACAUGCAGAGGUUGGAGGGGACACUGGAAAAUGGUUAAAGUAUAAAACAAAAAAAACAAACGUUACCAGUUGUGAGGAGUAGAUUCUCAUAUUCAGAACGCAAAUAGAAACAUUUCAUUGCUAUGUGAAGGCACAGUGAGUCAGAGGGAGAGUUUUUAUACAUAUUAUCAUUUCCAACUACUGUGUAGUUACUGUAAAUUAACAGAUUAUUAUGUUAGCUUAGUUGUUAGCUUGAAGCAUACGUUGGCAUGACAGUUUCCUUUCUCUUUCUCCUUUUAUUUAGUGACGAUAUCGGCACAUUAGAGCAUGCACUGUUGAGUUAUCUACAACAUAAAGUUCAGAAUCAUGUCUAUUUUUCUAUUACACCUUUCAGAAUGAGACACUUAUUUACAUUGUCAGUCCCCAAAAUCAUUUUCUGGCAUUGCGCACCCUGGGAAAGCAGAGACAGUGGUGUCUGCUUUUGUAAUUUUAUUUAUUUAUUUUAUUUUUUUCUCUUGAUAUUGCUUAAAAUACCAAAAUCCAUGUUAUGUUUUGUCAGAUAAAUGUCAGGAUGGCUCAAACCUGUGACAGAAGAGAGCGUGAGGAUGUCGUUGCCACCGAGUGCGUUUCCAAAUGUUCAACAGACACUGUCAAGCAGACCAUAUGUGUAGCUGUAUAUUGAUGUUUGGUUAAAAAAAAAAAAAAGAAGAACAAAAUCCCUUUUUCUGUCCUGCGGACUGUAUUUGCAAAUAAACUCCAAAGUAAUAAUA